UGCUUGAGCACAGAGACGUCACGCCUUGGUGCACAGUGGGACAGUCACCGGGGCAGCAGAAGAGCCACACCUAGGCCACAGAGGGAGGUGACCAGGCUCUGCCAGCAGACCUUGGCUGAGGAUUCAAAGAGCUCAACUGUGAACCAACGGGAGGCUGAAUCGCUGCUGCUCACCGCUCCUUCACUGUCCAGCCCCAAACAUCUGCAGGUAUCUUGAGUCAUCAUCAGCAGGAACCUGUGAACAUCUUCACAAUCAGAGGAGCCAGCACAGCGCACCAAGGGGAGGCCAUCCUGCACAAGGAGGGCCACGGGGCCUGGGGGAGGUGCAGGGUCUCAAACCUGAGGGAGCACAUAGCAGCCACUGCUUCCUCUGCCUCCUCUUCCUUCUCUUCCUAUCCCUGCUCCAAGAGAAGUGCCUCAGGCUGGGCACAGUUGUCCUCAGCAUCCUCAGGGCAUCUUUCUUCCCAGCAUUGCCAUGGCCUCUAGGCGUAGCAACCACCCCAGGGAGUGCUCCAGCACUGAACGUGAGGGGCAUCCAAGCACCUCACGGGUCCGCGCAAGCUCUCUGCCGCUGCCCGAUACGGUCCUGCAUGACAAGGUACAUGAACUGGUGGAUUUCGUGCUCCUCAAGUAUAACAAUCAGGAGACGACCACCAAGGCAGAGAUGCUGCACUGUGUCCUCCAGGACUGCCAGGAGCACUUCCCUCGGAUCUUCAGCAAAGCCUCUGAGUGCUUGUAUAUGGUCUUUGGCAUUGAUGUGAAGGAACCAGAGCCCCCUGAGCAAAUAUAUGCCCUUGUCCCCGUCCUGGAUCUCACCUAUAAUAGAAUGCUGGCUGGUGAGCAUGGCAUUCCCAAAACCAGCCUGCUGAUAAUCAUCCUGAGUAUCAUCUUCAUUAAGGGCAACCAUGUCCACGAGGAGGUUCUAUGGGAAAUGCUGGGCAGGAUGCAGGUGUAUGAGGGGCAGGAGCACUAUGCCUAUGGAGAGCCCAGGCAAGUCAUCACCGAGCAUUUGGUUCAGGAAGGCUAUCUAGUGUAUCGCCAGGUCCCCGACAGCAGCCCUGCUCGCUAUGAGUUCCUGUGGGGUCCAAGGGCCCAUGCUGAGACCACCAAGCUGAAAGUCCUGGAGCAUUUGGCCAAGGUUAUUGGGAAAGAUCCUCAGUCCUACCCACGUCUGUAUGCAGAGGCUUUGAGAGAGGAGCCAGUGGCUCCCCAGAUAUGACUUUUCGUCUAGGCCACCGAUGGGGUGAAGCAUGCCCAGGGAUGAGAAGCAUGCCAGCACCACCUCACUAGCAUAGCUCCUACCCCGUGACAAAUGAGCUCCAUUCCACAGUCCAUUUGAGGAGAGGAGGCAGGUUUCUAAGUGGUUAGGGCCAGGGUAGGACAGGAAAGCGUGUUCCACGGCUUUGAUGUCUGUUGUGUUUGGAUUGCCUGGAAAUGGACAUGUGAUUUCUUUAUGAAGUUUUGAAAUCCCCUUUCUUUUCUGUAAGAUUGAAGGAAUUUGCACUUAUGCAAAAAAUGAUACUGACUUUCCAUGUAUUUUCAGUUUUGUGAUCUUCAUGGUUGAUUGUGAUUCUGAUGUGAAUAUCAUUUCAUGUCAUAUGGAUCACAUGUGAAUUUUGCUCUUCCAUUCCAAGUGUUAGAACCUUUGCUCUUUUGUAAACCAUUUUAUUUGUGAUACGGAACA